AUGGCAAUCGAUUAUUCUAAAUGGGACAAGAUCGAAAUCAGUGAUGAUUCCGAUAUAGAAGUCCACCCAAACGUGGAUAAACGCUCUUUUAUAAAAUGGAAGCAGCAGAGUAUUCAUGAGCAAAGAGAAAAGAGAAAGAGGGAUAUUAGUAAUUUGGAAUUUCAGUUGGAAAUGUACUCUCAUUUGAACAAAAGAGUGGAUAAGUUGAUGGUACAUCUUAAGAAUGAAGAUCUCGUCAACAAGGAGACAAUAACAAAGUUUUUGAAUGAGAACUUUGACAAAACUGAGAAAGGAUCGGGAGAAAAUGUUGAUCCUGAUCUACCUCCUUAUAAUGAGAUGGUUCUAGAUUUGUUUGAGCAAUUGGAACGUAACGCCGAAAAGGAUAAUAAGGACCCUAAGGAUGGCAGUGUUAUCAGAGACGAAUUGGUUAAACAUCGUGCAAAGAUUGCUGCAGUAAGUAAGGAAGCUGAAGAAAAGUUAAAAGAAUUGUAUACAGAGAAAGCUAAUCACAUCUCUUCUGAAGAUAUUCAUACUGGUUUUGACAAAGGUUUUAUUAACCAUUCCAAAGAUGAUGAAAGUAGCGCUGCUGCACCAAUUCCAGAGUACAUGAAGCAAGCAAAAACCAACGAUGUACCUUUGCCUAAGUUGAAGCUUCAACCUAUUGAUUAUAAAGAUGAUAUUUUGAAGCUUGCACCCCAAACUGAGGCAUUCGGUAAAAUCACCGCUGGUAACUUUGCAGAAUCAGAAAAAUAUCUGUUGAACCACCCUGAAAUCUUUUCUGAACAGCAGAAAGAUGCAUUGAUGAUGAGUGCAUUCGAACUGGAAAUGGCAGGUAAAACCAAAGAGGCAUACCAAGUUAUACACCAAUCUGAACUUUUAAGUUAUGUCUUGGAACUAUAUGCGAUGAGGAAGCUUCCAGAGUUUAACGUGCCACAACUUAAAGAAGUCAUUGAAAUGUUUUUCGAGAGACUAUUCUCUCCACGUUCGAAUCCUAUGGCAAAGAAGUCAUUUUUGGAGUCUGUGCAAACAAAGUAUGAGCAUGUGAGAACCCGUAGUAAAGCCAUGCAGCAAGAAUCGGAAAAUGAUGCAGAAGGUGUAGAAACAAUUCAGUUGAAAUCAUUGGAUGAGUCUUCUGAACUACAAGUUAAUUUGCCAGAUUUUAACUCUUCUGAUCCUAAUGAAGUUGCUAAAGUAAAAGCUUUUAAUAAGUUGCCCCCUAAAAUGCAAGAAGCUGUUAAAUCUCGUAACCUUGAUGAAAUAAACGCCGUUUUUGCAGAAUUACCAAUGGAAACCUCGGAAGAGAUUUUGGACAUUUUCCAAGAAGGUGGUAUUAUAGGAAUCAAUGCAGUUUUGGAAGAUGAAAAUGAAUUUAAAGAACUUCAAGAGCAUUACCAAAAUGACCAAGGCAUUGAAAAGCUAUCAAUUGAAGAAGAAAAUGAAAAUGAUUCACAAGACAACGAAAUCCAUGUGAGUAGCGCGGAUAUAGUUGACUAA